CUUUAAUAUAUAUUUACAAAUCCUCAAAUUUUAUUUAUAUUUUUUUUCUGGAUUUUAUUUUUUUAUAAAGAAAUAAUACGUGAGGGGGUAAUAAUAGGCUAAUGCUAUAUUUGGCUAUUUUUACGCAUCAGAUUAUUUUGGGGUCUAAAUCUGAGAAGAAGUAUGCAUGCAUUUUCAUGUCUCCUUUCAUGGGCUCCUCCUUUCUAAUUCAUUCAUAAAUGCAAAAUGGCAAAUGUUAAUGCAGAUCCAGACCCAUCGCAGGUGGAAAGUGGGGACGACAAAAAUGAGCCACCACCCUCACCAAAAGGGCCCGCUUUUCAUGGCGGGAGCAAGGUAUAUAAAAGUGGCCCACUGUUUUUAUCAUCAAAAGGAAUUGGAUGGACAUCAUGGAAGAAGAGGUGGUUUAUUUUAACUCAGACCUCUUUGGUCUUCUACAGAAGUGAUCCAAAUGUGGUCUCUCAAAAAUUGAGUGAAGUCAACUUAACCCUUGGAGGUAUUGAUCUAAACAGCUCAGGCAGUGUGGUAGUUAAAGAAGACAAGAAAUUGAUCACCGUGCUUUUCACUGAUGGCCGUGAUGGACGAGCUUUCACGCUCAAGGCAGAAACACUGGAGGAUUUGCAUGAGUGGAAGAAUGCACUUGAGAAAGCCAUUUCAAAUGCUCCUAAUGCUGCUCUUGUCAUGGGACAAAAUGGUAUAUUCAGAAAUGAUCAGGCUAAUGGAACUGAUCAAUCUUCAGAACAAUCGAAAGACAAACAGACAGCAAAAUCAUUGGUAAUUGGCAGACCGAUUUUACUUGCUCUUGAAGAUAUUGAUGGCACUCCAUCUUUUUUGGAAAAAGCUCUUCAGUUUCUUGAAGAGCAUGGAGUCAAAACAGAAGGUAUCUUGAGGCAAGCUGCUGAUGUUGAAGAUGUUGAACGUCGAAUACAAGAAUAUGAGAAAGGAAAAACAGAGUUAUCGCCCAAUGAAGAUGCGCAUGUUAUAGCUGACUGUAUAAAGUAUGUACUUCGUGAGUUACCUUCAUCACCAGUUCCUGCUUCUUGCUGCAAGGCUCUCCUUGAAGCUUGUAGAAGUGAACGUAGCAUGAGAAUAAACGUUGUGCGUUCAGCAAUAUUGGAAACGUUUCCCGAGCCAAACCGUUGUUUACUGCAGAGAAUUCUUAGGAUGAUGCAAAAAGUGGCUUCAAAUAAGGGAGUGAACAGAAUGAGUGUAUCAGCAGUGGCAGCUUGCAUGGCUCCUUUACUCUUGCGCCCUCUUCUUGCUGGUGAUUGUGAUCUUGAUCAGGAUUUCGAUGUGGGAGGUGACAACUCUCUUCAACUUCUACAAGCAGCAGCUGCAGCUAAUCAUGCUCAGGCCAUUGUUAUCACUUUGCUUGAAGAGUAUGACAAUAUCUUUGGGGAUCAUGCAGUUACCCACGAACCAUAUACUGAUUCAGAAGAGAGUGGGAGUGAGAGUGAGGAAAUUACAGAAGAUGAUGAUGAUGAUGAUGAUGAUAGCUUUGAUGAAGAUGAUGCCACCGAAGACUCCAAUUCUUAUGUGGACCAAGAUUCUGACCACCAAUCAACUCCUAGUACAACUAAAACUGGUGAUGACAAAUGCAGUCAAAAGUCCCCUGGAAGUUCGGGAUCCAACUCACCUCGAGUAGAAGAUAAUGCCAUUGAAGCCAACAAGAUUUGGUUGCCUAGCCCUCGUCAUGCAGCAUUGGAUAAACAUGAUAGCCCAAAGGCAGCUGAAAAAAAUGUUUCUGAUUCAAAGAUGCAAUCGAGUCCCCUUGAGGCAGAGGACCAACUUUCUGAAGAAGCAUCCGUUAUGCAAAGGCCUCCUAAUUUAUCAUGUGGUGUUCGCAGUGUUAGACGGCCUGCUGUUUGGGGACGUACUCCUGCAAAGAAGAACCUUUCCAUGGAAUCCAUUGAACUCCCUUCUGAUGAUGAGACUGAAAUCCAAAAGCUUGAGUGUAUCAAAGCAGAUUUACAAACCAGAAUUUCAAUUGAGGCAAUGGAGAAUUCGCGUCUGCUAAAUAGUCUACAGAAGCAGAAGCAUGAUUUGCAUGAACAUCGCGUAGCUCUUGAGAAAGAAGUGGCAAGUCUGCAAGAGCAAUUAGAGAAUGAGGUGGAGUUGAAGGCAGUACUUGAAGCUGCACUGAAAAAGUCCCAAAUUCCUUUCUCUAAUUCACCACUUGUUGACGAGAAGAUGAGGGCGGAGCUUGAGGAAAUUUCUCAGGCGGAGGCAAAUGUCGUGAAUUUAAAAAAGAACGUUGAUGACCUUGAAUUUCAACUUAAUCAACAGCGAGAACAAACUUCUAGGAUGCAGCAUGAUAACAUUGGCAAUCAGCUUAACAAGAAUCCAAUUUAUCAAACUCUGAUGAAAGAUAAACAGACAGAUGGUGGAGUUGUAGUUGUCUCAAGAACUUCAGAAAGCUUGUCGAGUAAUAAUAAGCGUGAUUUUUAUUCGGACAAGUCAGAAAAUGAGAGAGAUAGCAAACAAGGAUCGUUAUCAUCUAAUGUUGAGACGAGCACAAAUAGGGCAGGUCAUACUCAUAGCGUGUCUAGGAAAUCCAGCACAAAGGCUGAGGGAAGCAAUUCCACAACUUCUGCUCUGUCAAAGCUGACAAACAGACUUAACUUCUUAAAGGAACGCCGUACGCAAAUCGCGAGUGAGCUACAAAACUUGGACAAAGCUCGCCAGCCUGUCAUUAACAACCUUGAACAGCAUAACCGUCAAUUUGUAGAUGAGCCCAAAGGACAACAGCCCUCGGACAACUAUGGAUUUAGUCAUACUUUAGAAGAGCUCCCAAGUGUAGAACAGGGAAAGUCUAGAAGCUUCCUGCCCGGGGAUAAUAAAGCUCAUUCUAAAUUUCCCCCCACAACACAUUCUAGAUGAUGAAGCAUGCUCACAUCGGAUUUUUUUUUUCUUUUUUUUUU